CUCACACACAGCGAAAUUAGAAUUAUUUUUGUCAACAAACUGCAAUAUUUACAACCUCGCUGGCGUGUUUCCCAUCCAACCUAUUGGUAUAACUUUUAAGAUUUUAACAGAUUUGGACCAUCUGAUCUGUGCACCAUCGUAUUCAGUAUAUCCCUUUUCUCGGGCCCUUGGAUUGCGUUGGCUCUUUGACGAUGUCUUGCCUUCGUUCGGCCAGACGUCUGCUGCCCAUGCAGUGGCACUUUGCACGUUGUCAGUUCGCAGUGCAGAAUCCCUGCAUCACUAUGGUCUCCGAAAAUGCAUCUCCCUUGUGUCAGCACGCCAGUCCGUCUUGUUGGCGUCCGCGGUUCGCUGCCGUCAGCUUUCACACUUCCAUCCCGCAUCAUGAGAAAAGCCCGAAGAAAGAUAAAAAGAAUCCCAAGAAAGUGCAGUUCACUCCCGAAGAGCUGGAGGGUCUGGUGUCGUUGGAGGAAUACGAGGAUAGCCUGAAGAAUUUAAUCCAUGAAUUCCAAGAAACGCUACACAAACAAUUCUCUUUGAAAAUGACAUCCGCUUCCCUGGAAGGGAUUGAAGUGGAGUUCGGGGGUGAGCGACAUAAACUGACGGAGAUUGCGCAGAUAUCCUUAAAAAAUCCACAGAUGAUUAUGAUUAAUUUGUCCGCUACGCCUUCGUACGCCAAACCUGCGAUGUUGGCACUGGAAGAGGCCGGGAUGAAUUUCAGUCCGCAGAUGGAGGGCGAUAUGAUCUAUAUUCCCAUUCCCAAGGUUUCGAGGGAAUAUCGAGAAACUAUUGUGAAAAACGCAAGGGCAGCCAGUAAUAAAUUCAAAGAGCGUGUGCGGCGUGUACAGAACACUGUUGUGACGGACGUUAAAGGCAAAACUGGCCAUCCAGCUGAUCGCGUUCGCAGCGUUGUGCAAUUGUUGAUGGAGAAAGCCGAUGCCUGCAGCAAGGAAAUGGAUGCUAUUCUUAAAUCGAAAGAAAAGGAACUGCUUAAUGUGGAGAAAGAAUGAUUUUUUUAUCUCCUUCAGUAAUUCAUGCUUUUCUAUUUGCAUUUCAAAUUCUGCUGCGAUCUUACUAAGUGCUGGUGUUAGAAAUGGAAGUAUAUAAGUGCGGACUAACCUCAACUUUAAAUUUUAUAAUAUUUUACUUGUAAAAGAAAAUGAAUAUAGCAGAUAAUACACAGAAUAAUAUCCAG